AAAAGCCAGGUGGGUUUGACCGCAGGUGCUGGGCAUCUGAUCUAGAUUGCAAGGACUGUGGUUGCGAAAGCUUCCGUCGGCCGUGGUAAUCUGGCUGGAACGAAGGGUAAGAUUUUGUAGUCCAUAGAGAGUAAGUUAGUCAGUUGUCUGGGUAGGUCUACGUGGUGAGGAGUGGGACAACCUUGUCGUGCACUUGAACACCAUGGACGACUACCCCAUGUACGGCUUGCUCGUGGGGUUCUCACUUCGGGGGACCCUCUGGCGUUUCAUUUUUCCACUGGGAUUCUGGAACACGUUUAUGUAUAGGGUAGACACACGUACGGGGACGAGUACCUCGCCCUACACGACCGAGCCGGAAGCCAAGGCCGCCGCCAUUCUGAAAGAAAGAAGAGAGAAGAAGGAGGCCAAGAAGAAGGCCUUGAUGGAGGAACAGGCGGCAAAGAUGAAAAAGAUUGAGGAGGAGAUGGCCAGGGAGAAGGAGAGGUUAAAGAGAGAAGAAGAAGCAAAGCUUAAGGCGGUAGAAGAGGAGGAAGAGGAGGAAGAACAGCCACUGGAAAGGCAAAGGGUAGGAGGAAGAGGUGAACCCAGUGGCACAAAAGAAGACCAAAUGGAGAAGAAAAUUACAGAGUGGGUUGUUGGAUUGUCCCUGGGAAAAGAUGAGGAGGCCUUAAUGUAUGUGCCCAGGGAAGAACAGGAGGCGGCCAUAAAAGAGUGGGAUGCGGAAGAAGAUCCACUCAAGCGGCAGGUGUUGGAAGAUGAGAAAAGGAUGGAGUGGAAGUUUCGUCUGACAAGGGAAAGGAAAAGAAGGAUGGAGGCGGCAAGUCAGGCGGGGAAAGAGUUGGAGGAGAUAAAGAAGCAGAGAGAUCAAAUGGCGACGAAGGUGGAUUUAUUGGGGAAGGUGGAAAUCAUGGCGAGGAACACAGAGCGUCUGGCACGAGUCCCGGAAGAACAAUUUUUAGUUGGUAGAAGUCAAGAUAUUGCCAUGCGUUCUAUACGAUUGGGGCUCAGAGAUUUCGUGCGGGAACUGGCAACACAGGUGGGCUCCGAAGUGGAGGCCCGCCUAGACAGCACAGAGCGCUAUUGCACGGGUGCCAUAGAGGGCGCCAAAUUGGCCGCUCCCAAGGAAGAGGAAGUACGCCCGCGUAGGGAGCCUAUCAAAGUCAAAUUCCCCGAUUCCUCCAGUGGGAAGAAGGAAGAGAACUUUGACAACUGGGAGGCUAAUAUAAAGACCUACGUGCACUUGCAAAAGGAGAAAUUAGAGGAACAGGUCUUCGUAGUUUACGUCGGGCCUGUCACUGAGCCUAAGGAGGAGAAGCCCAUUGAUCCAGCUAUUGCCAAACUGCUGGAAGAGUUUAAGGAUUUAGCUGAGCUGCCGACAGGAGUAGUACCGCGGCCCAUCCAACAUCGCAUUGAGAUUGAGCAUGGUAGUAGAACUCCCAAAGGAGCGGUGUAUAAAAUAUCUCCACAGGAGUUGGAGGAACUACGCAAGCAGUUAGACGAACUCCUAGAGAAGAGUUGGAUUGGGCUCAGUUCGUCUCCAUUUGGAGCACCUAUGGUAUUUGUCCCCAAAAAGGAGGGAGAACUCAGGAUGUGUAUCGACUAUAGGGGUCUCAAUGCUAUUACGGUAAAGAAUGUUGAGCCGCUGCCCCGCAUAGAUGAUCUUUUAGACCGGGUGCAGGGUUGCAAGUACUUUUCGAAGAUUGAUUUGAAGUCUGGAUAUCAUCAGAUAGAGGUUCAUCCCGAUGAUCAGUAUAAGACUGCAUUCCGGACUAGGUAUGGGCACUACGAGUUUAUAGUCAUGCCCUUUGGACUAACCAAUGCACCAGCGACUUUUCAGCGUUGUAUGAAUGACCUGUUUAGGCUUUCGUUAGAUAAAUUUGUAGUAGUAUAUCUAGAUGACAUUCUAGUUUUUAGCAAGACCCUUCAAGAGCACCAGGGUCAUCUGAGGCAGGUCUUGGAGAAGUUGAGAGAGGCUAACUUCAAGAUCAACCCCAAAAAGUGCGAGUGGGCAAAGACUCAAGUUUUGUACUUAGGCCACGUCUUAGACGGAGACGGCAUUAAGCCAGAGGAUAGCAAAAUCGCAGCGAUUAAGGAUUGGCCUACACCCCGCACGCUGACAGAGUUGCGAUCGUUCUCAGGCCUAGCGAACUACUACAGGAAGUUUGUUAGAAACUUUUCUACCAUCGCUGCACCUCUUCGCAGAUUGCUGAAGAAAGAAACAAUCUGGAAGUGGGAUAAGGACUGCACGUCUGCCAUGAAAAAGUUGAAGCAGGCGUUGAUAGAGUAUCCAGUCUUUAAGGUCGCCGAUCCGUCCUUGUCUUUCGUUGUUACUAUUCACGCAAGCCAGUAUGGCAUUGGUGCCGUACUGCAGCAAGACGAUGGCAGCGGAUAUAGACCCGUAGAGUUCAUGUCUGCUAGGAUGUCUUCAGAGAAGGUAGCAACAUCCACCUACGAGAGGGAACUCUACGAUCUCAGGCAAGCACUAGAACACUGGAAGCACUACUUGCUUGGGAGGCACUUCAAGGUUUAUUUAGACCACGAGACGUUGAGGUGGUUGAAGACGCAGGCCAAGAUGACUCCUAAGUUAACUAGGUGGGCCGAAGAGAUAAACCAGUACGACUUUGAGCUCAAGCCAAUUAAGGGUAAGUACAAUGUACUUGCGGAUGCGCUAAGUAGGAGGUCAUACUACUUUGGGGCGAUAGUCCAUUACCUAGAUAUAGGGAAGGACCUGCAACAAAAAGUUAGAGAGGCAUAUGCGUAGGAUCCUAUCUACAACGACCUUCUUAAGAGAGUAAAGGCGGCCCCAAAGA